UCUAUUGAACAGUUUUAAAAAAAGAAGUACGAGAAGUUUCAAGGUGACCCCAAACCAGAAGAUAUCAAGCCAAGAAGCAAAUUGGUUCAGAGAGAAAGAUGCGUCUGCUGAAUAAAGACUUGCGCCUGCAGGACAUUGUGCUGAUGUAUGUGACGCUGCUAGCUGCCCUAGUGGUCCUCUUGGUGGCCCCCUACCAGGCUCCUUCUGCAGUGGCCCCCUCUAGAAACACCCUGCCCUACAGCGUCCCUCUGGACCCGGCUGGUCAGCUGCAGCUAUCGUGGAACAUCAGCUAUCCCCGGCAAGAGGUGUACAUGGAGCUCCGAGCCAAGGAGCUGCGGCACGGCAUCCUGCUAGGCAUGUCUGACUGGGGUGAGGCCACUAACGCUGACCUGGUGCUGCUCUGGGACGACGGGCAAAAGUCCUACUUUGGGGAUGCAUGGAGUGAUGCUGAAGGCAGGGUGACGUUAGACCGUCAGCAGGAUUACCAGCUGCUGGAGGCUCAGAACUCUCCUAAAGGAUUCACUCUGCUCUUCAGGAGACCCUUCAACACCUGUGACCCCAACGACUACGUCAUAGAGGAAGGCACAGUCCAUGUGAUUUACGCCAUGCUGGAUCAGCCAAUUCGCUCGCUUCAGAAGCUCAAUGUGUCCCGCCUCCAGACAGGAGUUCAGCGAAUCCUGCUGCUGCGUCCAGACACACCCACCCCUUCUCUGCCGCCAGAUGUGCGGAGCUUGGAGGUUCUGGCUCCUGACAUCAUCAUCCCCAGCCAGGAGACCACCUACUGGUGCCACAUGUACCAGCUGCCCCCCAACAUGCCCAAGCACCACAUCGUUAUGUAUGAAGCUGUCGUAACCCCCGGUAAUGAGGCCAUCGUGCAUCAUAUUGAGGUUUUCGAAUGCUCUCCACAAAUGGACACCGUCCCUCAGUACAGCGGCUCCUGCGACUCCAAAAUGAAGCCACGGAAGCUCAACUACUGCCGCCAUGUCCUAGCUGCGUGGGCCCUGGGAGCGGAGCCGUUCUACUACCCCUCUGAUGCCGGUCUGCCUCUGGGGGGAGAAGGCUCCUCAAGGUUUCUUCGUCUGGAAGUUCACUAUCACAAUCCACUUCUCAUUUCAGGUCGCCGUGACUCCUCGGGUAUCCGUCUGUGGUACACUCCAUCUCUGAGGCGGUCUGAUGCAGGGAUCAUGGAGCUGGGGCUGGUUUAUACUCCUGUCAUGGCGAUCCCUCCACACCAGCGCUCCUUUCCACUCACCGGUUACUGCACAGCCGCAUGCACCCGCACGGCUCUGCCUCCUGGAGGGAUCCAUAUUUUUGCCUCACAGCUGCACACUCACCUGGCUGGGAGGACGGUCAGGACUGUGCUGGUGAGAGGAGGAAAAGAGGUGGAAGUGGUGCAGGAGGAUAAACACUACAGCACACACUAUCAGAUAAUCCGCAUCCUGAGAAAGAUGGUGACUGUUCUGCCAGGUGAUGCCCUUGUGACGAAAUGUACGUACAACACAGAGGACAGGGACAAACCUACAGUGGGUGGGUUUGGGAUCAUGGAGGAGAUGUGUGUGAACUACGUGCAUUACUACCCGCGCACACAACUGGAGCUGUGCAAGAGCCAUGUGGAACCAGGCUACCUGCAGAAAUACUUCAGCCUCAUUAACAGGUUCCACGGAGGAGAGGGCUGCAGCUGUUCCCAGAAAACUGUAGAGGAGGAGUUCUCCUCUGUGUCCUGGGACUCGUUCAGUGAGGGGGUGCUGAACUCCCUCUACACCACCUCCCCCAUCUCCAUGCACUGUAAUCAGUCCACAGCUGAGCUCUUCCCUGGAGACUGGGAGAAGCAGAAGAUUCCUGAGGUUUUAGAGGAGCUCCAACGUUGGCCAUACCCGUGUGAGCUUGGCCGGACAGCACCAUGGAGCACUGGACCUACAGAGGUGCAGCCAGACCACACUGGCUAAAACCAGCUCGUCUAGCCUCAGCUCAAUGGCAGCAUGGGCAUCAUAAACUAAUCACUAACAGCAUGACAGAACUGUAUCACUAUAUUACUUAUUUAAAUUAAUAAGCAAGUUAUUUAGAUUCCUGCU